UUAACUUUUGUUAUGAUGUUGACGACUGUAGGAAAUUGGACGGCGUAGUGUUGACAUCGAAAUUCAUUACUUGCUUAGCAGCGUUGAGGAGAGUGAGAUUCUGAGCAUCCAUUAUUUGCUGCAGUUUGCUGCUUGUAGUCGCCUACUAGUUCUACAAGGUCCUGUUGUAGCCAAAUGCAUUCGAACGUGGUUCCAUACACAAUCCGCAGUAUGGAAAUCAUACGACAAAAACUAUCCAAUUUGUCCGAUACUAUUCGAGAUGGGUUGCUGUUGUGCAAAGCUGUAGGCUACUACGCAUCAUUACUACUAUUUACUUUGGGUUUUACGCUGUGGUUUGAUUUUCGUCCCUUUGGCAUGAUUUGUGCUGCAUAUCUUGGAAUAUUUUGGUGCUGUCAUUGUGCCACCCUCCAGUUACAGAAAUCGGCGCGGCUUGAUCAAGAAAUUGCUAAACUAGAAGAAAAGCUUGCGAAUCUGCGCGCUAGCAGUCCCAUCAAGUUGUGCAUAUGGCUCACUUGUGUCGCAUUUACCAUCAUCGCUUCGUUCCACUUUCUUCCAUGGUGGUUUAUACUAGCAACUGUGUUGGCGGUAGCAUUUUUCAUCAAAUGGAAGUACGAGAUAAAAAUUGUAAUGAAUCAUGAAUCAGGUACAAACCAAGAAACUCAGCUGGAGCUGGAUGUAAAAGAUUUUCUACCGGAAAUAAAUGAAAUCAACCAAAGUUUGUUGAAAGAGGUUGACGAGCAGUGCGACGACGUUCUCGCUGGCACAAUCGGUGCUCCAGAUGGUAGAAAAGUAAAAAAUGCAGCCGAGCAGGACGAGGAGAUGUACUUAAACAUGCUGAUACCAGAAGCUACCAGCAACGAUUUCGAAUCGGCUGAACACAGUGGAUCAAGCAGUGAUGAAAUGUUUUGUCCAGAGAGGGUCGGCAAAAGUUCAUCGUUAGAAAGAAGUACCAAAACCAAGGUACCGGAUGUUGGAAGUACGGUACGCGAGAAACACAUUGAGUUUAAAGUAAGCCAUUUCAACGCCAAUAGUUCGUCCGAUUCCGAUGACAACAUAUCGCGUGGGCUAUGCUUCAGCAAUGACGACGAUAAUGCAGAUGGUGACACCAGGCAAAACGAUGCCCGCUAUGACAUUUUGAGUGCUAGUAGUUUGGCAGGGAAUGUUCUUGUAAAGAACGCCUACAAACACAUAGUAGACGCCGCUGCGUACCAACUACAUCAAACGAAACUACAGCAGGAAGGCGCAGUUUCAAGCUUUGAACCUCAAAAUCUUACACUUGCUUCCAUCGGCAACACUAUACGAUCGAUGCGGUUGUCCACUUUUGCGGUGCAAAAAAAUGACGAUUCAACCGACGAAGAUGUAGAUAGUGAUUUUGAAAUUUUGAAUUCAGAAGAGUUGAACAAUUUGUGAGCAGGCCUUUAGUGUCAAUAUUUGGAGCAUUAUCAGUCAUUAUUUCAGUUCCGUUUGGUGUUCUUUUGUCAGGCAGGAGUUGGUAACAUUUUUGAACACUAUUGAAACCUUAUAUUAUUAUAUUUCUCUUGUUUUAGAUUCUACAUGUGCUCAUGCGGUUUGUCAUAUAAUAAUUAUUUUUAACAACAUGCAAUCGAAUAUUGACUAGGGCAAUUGUUUGGGCAUAACGUAGCGAUCGUAAUUUCCUUAGGCAUAGUAAAAGUUAAUAACGAACAUAAGUGACGUAGCAAAGUUGUUUUAAAAACAAUUGUUCAUAAAAUUACGCAUAUAAGUAAUUGGAAGAGCAAACAAAAUGUGUCUUUGCGUUGGGAGCAUUGCGUCUAAGAAGCAAAUCAAGAAUUAUGUUAAAUAUUUA